CUUAGACGCACACGCACGUGGGUGAAGGGUUUUUCUGUUGCUGGCUGUUUGCAUCUAUGAUACGAUAAAAACAAUUUUGAGUCGAUCAACGAUGUUUGACAGUGUUGAUGAUCUGUGUUUUGCACAUGGGCUUUGCUAGCUUUACAACCAUCAAGCACGGAUUGGUUGGCUUGACUAGGGAUUGGACUAUUGGAGUGGGUAUUCUUAGGUAGCCCAAUUUUGCUCAACAAUAUUAAUUAUCUUCAGUGCUAACUUGUUCCGUAUGAAUUGGAGACUUAGGUUAGCUCAAGUCAGUGUCAACAUAUCGCUCGCACUAAGAAACGUCAUCUUGCCAUUAAGAUAUUACUAGUGGCCGUUCAAUAGUACGUGUGCAGCUAUAUAAUAUAAUCCCAAUUAACAAGGUGAAGUUCAUAUAUAUCUCCUGCAUCUCUGAAAAAGAGGAGACAUUGGCCUGGACAGAGCUCUCUCGUUAGGACUAGUGGAAAAGGUGACGGCCGGAGAGAUGGCCGGAGGUGCCAUUGUUCCGAAUGAUGGCCCUGCCACGGACUACGGCGGAAGCCUGACUCUCUCGGUGUUCAUGAGCUGCCUUGUGGCUGCCUCGGGCGGCCUGAUCUUCGGCUACGACAUCGGCAUCUCAGGCGGCGUGUCGGAGAUGGAGCCGUUCCUGAGGCGCUUCUUCCCGCACGUCCUGAGGCGGAUGGCGGCGGCCAAGGGGAACGAGUACUGCCUCUACGACAGCCAGACGCUGACGGCCUUCACGUCGUCCCUGUACGUGGCCGGGCUGGUGGCGUCGCUGGUGGCCAGCCGCGUGACCGGGGCGAUGGGCCGGCAGGCCGUCAUGCUCAUGGGCGGCGCGCUCUUCUUCGCCGGCGGCGCCAUGACCGGCUCCGCCGUGAACAUCGCCAUGCUCAUCGUCGGCCGCAUGCUGCUCGGCUUCGGCGUCGGGUUCACCAACCAGGCUGCUCCUCUGUUCCUCGCCGAGAUGGCCCCGUCGCGGUGGCGCGGCGCCCUCACCGCGGGCUACCAGUUCUUCCUCGCGCUCGGGGUGCUCACGGCCAACCUCGUCAACUACGCCACGGCGCGGGCCUCCUGGGGCUGGCGCGUCUCGCUGGGCCUCGCGGGCGCGCCGGCCGUCGUCAUCUUCGUCGGCGCACUCUUCCUCACCGAUACCCCGACCAGCCUCGUCAUGCGCGGGCGCGCCGACAGGGCCCGCGCGGCGCUCCUCCGGGUGCGCGGGCCCGACGCGGACGUGGACGCCGAGCUCCGGGACAUCGCCAAGGCCGUGGAGGCCGCGCGCCGGAGCGAGGACGGCGCGUUCCGCCGGAUGGCCACGCGGCGCGAGUACCGCCCGCACCUGGUGCUCGCCGUGGCCGUGCCCAUGUUCUUCCAGCUCACCGGCGUCAUCGUGCUCGCCUUCUUCGCGCCCCUCGUGUUCCGCACCGUCGGCUUCGGCAGCAACGCCGCGCUCAUGGGCGCCGUCAUCAACGGCGCCGUGAACCUGGGCUCCCUCCUGCUCUCCACCCUCGUCAUCGACAGGUACGGCCGCAAGGUGCUCUUCAUGGUCGGCGGCAUCCAAAUGGUCAUUGCCCAGGUUGGGAUUGCUUGGAUCAUGGGCGCAAAAAUCGGCGAGAGCGGCGAGGCGGCCAUGGCGCACCCCUACGCGGUGGCGGUGCUGGUGUUCACCUGCCUGCACACCGCCGGGUUCGGGUGGUCAUGGGGGCCUCUGGGGUGGGUGAUCCCGAGUGAGAUAUUCCCGGUGGACAUCCGGUCGGCGGGGCAGGCCAUGAACGUCUCCAUCGGCCUCUGCCUCACCUUCGUGCAGACGCAGUCGUUCCUCGCCAUGCUCUGCCGCUUCAAGUACGCCACCUUCGCCUACUACGCCGCCUGGGUCGCCGUCAUGACCGUCUUCAUCGCGCUCUUCCUGCCGGAGACCAAGGGCAUCCCGCUCGAGUCCAUGGGCACCAUUUGGGUGAAGCACUGGUACUGGAAGAGGUUCGUCCACGACGGAAAGAGCGCCGUGGCACUAACCUAGGGUAAUAAUGUAAUAAUGUGCGUGCGGGGGGGGGGGGGGGGGGGGGGGGCUAGAGACAGUACGGUGUGGAGUAUGUAGAGUGACUAGAGUGAGUAGUUGUAAUGUUUCAUUUAAGUGGCAUGGCCAUUUGGCAUACCAAUUUCUGUUAAAUAAUCGUCGUGUGAUUUAGGUUAUGCAAGUUCAUUUUCCUUGUGUGGCAUA